AUUUUUGGUUGGAAAAUGUGAUUCAGUCAAGCACUGACUUUUGAUAUUAUUUAAUUUUUUUGGAUUUUUUCGAGUGACAGUUGGCUAGUGGAUUAUUAGUGUUACAGCGUUAUCGUAGAGAUGUCGCAUAAAGUACUGGCCAUUCUGGCCGUGUUGGCUGUUUCUUCAGCCGAAAAAGAACAAACGAGAUGGUCCCGCCAAAUCAGCUCAUAUACAUCGGACAUUAGCGAUUGGGUUCCCCUGAGAGUCCCUACAGAAAGAAAUGUACCUCAAAUCAGAAGACAAGCAGUCGCUGAGCCCAGAAUAUUAUCUGAGCCCUUUGCCGGAUUUGUUAGACCAACUGGAUUCAGUCAGGAUACUUUUCCUUCCAGGACAUUCUAUAACUCUCCAACAAAUCGACAGCUUUAUCUUCAGUCAGUACCUUCCGCACCACAAAACUAUCUUACGGAUCAAGGCUUUAGCCAAGGUUUAAGAUUUGGACUAACGCAACCGAAUUUUCCUCUCAGCCAAGGCUUUAUUACACCACAAUUCAAUUUUGACAAUGUUCCCCAUAUAAAAUCAAGACCACAAACGGUCUCAAAUCCAAUUAAAUUUGAAUCAUCUCUUAAAACGACCCAAACUUUACAGUCUUCGAGCCCUCAAGCCUUAAAGAAUUUUAACCAACCACAAAAACUUAAACCCGAACUUCCGAAAUUCAUAGAUGGUUAUCGUGCAGAAAACAGCAGUGAUUUCAAUGUUGUUAAUAAACAUACUCAAACGUCACAAAAGGUGAAAUUUGAUAACACAAACCUAUCGAAAGAGUCACUCGGUGCGCCGAAAAUGAAGGUUGAAAGGGAAGAAGUUCAAUUACUGUAUGUGCCUUUAGAGUCUCUCAAUAGAGGUCAAUUUAAUUUUAGGAGUCCACUGACAUCAGCACAACUCGUGAAUACGGAACUUUACAAUCAGAAUCACAGAUCGAAUCCACUAAUGCAAAAUCUCGCGGGAGAAUUUCAUGGGCCUAUAAUGAAACCCUUAGAAACAUAUAAUUCUCAAGAUUUUUUAACGAAUUUUAAUAGUCAGUUACAUGAAGUAAGUCCAUUUUCUAAAUUUACAACAAUAACAACACCCUUCUCAACUACUGCAUCUACAACUGUUAAGCCAAAAAAAUUAAAACCACAUCAACCACCUCUAGCAAUUUUUCUUACUCAAGACGCAAAGAAAGAAGAUCAAGUUAAAGUUGGAGAUGUAUUAUACUCAUUGAAAAAUGCUAACACUAUUCCAGUUUUGGAUUCUGUUAAUCCUUUGAACGCGCCAAAGGUAUUUAUUGGCCCUUCAUCAUUAUCGCCACCUGAUACUUACGUCAAAUUCGAACUUCCAUAUCUGUCAAAUAUUGAGAAUAGUGACAAAAAAUUAAGACAACUUCCCUUCUUUGUUGCACCACUUAGUUACCAUACGCCUCAAGGAUUUGCUAAGAUUCCAUUUCCAUCCCCACAUGUGGGGUCCGUUGUUAUAAAUUCACUUAUCAAGGAUACAUCGUCAACAAAUAAAGCGAUAUCUGGAACUAAUAUUUAUACCCAUUCAUAUUCCGAACCAACAUACAAACAAGAACAAAAAUUAGUAACCCAAAAACCAAAAGUAAGUUACUAUACGACCUCUUCUCCAAAAACAAAUUCGCCUUCAUAUGAACAAAACUAUUAUUCAAUCGAACCUCAAUCAGUGAGUACCUUAAGGCCAUUCAAGGAACCGGAAAAUAGUGUUGGAUCACAAUCAACGCCUUUAAAAAGUGGAUCUUAUUUCUUAAGCAAUAUGCAGAAUCAAUAUAAUCCAACUCAAUUUAUUAACUUUCCACAAGAUACAAGAUUCAAGGCUCCUGAAUCUUCCAAAACCUUAAACUUUUUUAAGCUAGAUACUACAACUACAUCAAGGACUACUACUGAUACGUCAACUACUAAGCUACCGACAACCCACUCAAGUCAAUUACUGGAGACUCACAAUCCAUAUUCUAUAAAUCAAGCAUUUCAUUUUAGUACACCAUUAGAUUAUCAUAAUUUCUUUGAUGAAUACAAAGAACCAUAUGCUACUAUAGAAAAUAACCAAUCACCAUCACCAUCAACAAUACCAAUUACUCCUGCACCGCUUCAGACUACUAAGCAAGAAGAAAUCGAGCAAACACAACAGCAAUCGUAUCAACCAACACCACAAACAUUACCAGAUUAUUUACAAAAUCAAACUCAAGAAUUUAAUCGCGAAGCAGAAAAACAACACCAAAAAUAUCCCGCUUUUAACACAAAUGAAUUUAAUACUAAAAUUGAAUCAUUUCCUCAAACCCAAUACACUGAUAACAACAAUGCAGUUAAUGUUAACGAAAAUACCCAAACAAUCCCAAAAGAUGAAUCAGAACAUAAUAUAGAAAAAUUGGAGUCUUCACAGCCAGAAUAUGAGAACUAUACGAAUGCCGCAAUCAUUCAGUCUCAUUCUUUACCUAAUUAUAUUCAAUCGACAAAAUCUUCCCCUAAAUACAAUAAUAAUAAUAAUAAUAACUAUAAUUCUUACGAUAUACUAUCUUCAACAACAAGCAGCACUUCUACUACAACAAGAAGAUCACCCAUUAGAACAAGAGGACGUCCCCGAUAUCCUUCAACAAAGUCUGAAUCAAAUGAAUCAUCUACUCGUGCUACAAUAACAAGGAGGCCUAUACGCGAAAGAAAACCACUACCUGCUAGAACAAGAUAUGAACCAAAUAAAAUCACAUCUGAAAAACCAAUGGGAAAUCAAUUUGAAUCUAACGAAAGUACGACUAAAUCAAGUAGAACACGAACCAGAGGAAGAGUUCAUUAUAAACCAUCGGACACUGACGACAUAUAUACAAAAAGAAAUAAACAAAACAGUAAAGAACAUGAUUUAGCUUAUCAAAGAGAUGUACUGCAUCAAAAUUACCCUGUUACAUUAAUGGAAAGGACUAGCACUACCGAUAUAGAAGCCAUUACUGAACCAUCUGAAAAAUCAUUUUUUACGAAUAAACUAGAUAUAAUUAAAAAUGAGGAUACAGAAGACGCUUACAGUAAUGAUAAAAUUUCCAUAACAGAACCCAUAAAUAGAGAUUUAAAAGACUUAUCGCAGCAAUAUACGACAGCUGUUGAUAGUGUAACCGACGUUCCAUAUGUACAAAAAGUACAUGCUGAUGAAGAUGAUAUUUAUCAAUUAAAAAGCAGUAAAGCGCAUGAGGGUGCUGAAUUAUCAUAUGAUGACAGUUAUUCUCUACCAACAUCCCCUGAAUAUAAAAUAGAUAAUCAUGAUAACUUGCCCACUAAUCCAGCUAAUCCUGUAACUGAACAAAUCGCUCCAACCAACUCAUUUGAUGAAAUUCAAUCCAAGGAAAAGCAGGAGGAAACAACGUCAGCUGAAGGUGAAGAAAAUACUAAAAUUUCAAGCCAAGAAAUAAGUAAUGAGCAAGAACAAGAAGAGAAUAUUGUAGAAACGACACCAUCGUAUAAUAGAGUAAGAAUACGUCCAGGCGUUAUAAGACAGUAUCAUCAAUCUUCCUCAUCGGACACUUCAAGAUUAAGGAAUGAGAGAAGGAAACCACUUCAAGCUAUAACAUAUAGACCGGCAUUUGAUAAACGACGAACAACAAUGAAAAUUGAAGAAAUUGAAGCAGAUUUAAAAACAAAACAAAUUCAUAUACGACCAGAGUUUCAAGACAACUAUAAACAACCUAUUUAUAAGCCAGAUACAUCAACUGAAUCGGUCGUUACAUCUACUACACCGGAAACUUCCACAAAACGUGGUCAAUUUCGUCGUAGACGGCCUAACUACGGAGUGACUUCUACCGAAGGAACUGUAACUAGAAGAACGUUUGAACUCAAAAAUCGAUUUAGGGGACGUCGACCUACAGAAAAACCAACCGAAAAUCCCGAUAUCGAAACAGACGUAUCAACAGUCAAAAAUAAUGUGCACAACAGAUACAGUCACAGACCGAGAUUGUCAGAAAGAUAUAAUCAAAAAACGGAAACAGACGACCAAGCAUCUGAAGAUCAGGAUUCAAAUUAUUCUAUAAAUAGACCCAAAUAUGCUGCGCCCGAAUCAGACCGAUGGUCUCCAAAAAUAUCAAAGGAUUCAUUCAAACCAUUUAAUCCUAAUGAUAUAGCAGAUGACAUAAAAGUUGAACAAAGUACUAGCAAGUCUAAAAAUGAAGAACUUGAUAUAAUAACAGCAAGAAAUGAAUAUGAAGACAUACUUAUUUCUGUAACACCUGCAACUAAUAACAGAAUUCAGAAAAAAAUAUCAGAUAUUCCACCUACUUUAGAAGCUUUAGUUGAACAAAGUAAAGUAACAAAAGUGGAUUCCGACAGUAUGUCUACAUUUGAAAGCAUGCUCGAAGAGGUAAUGAAAAAUUUGGAAGAACAAGAUGAAAAUGAAUACACGGGCAAUGUUAUGAAACACAAGGGCGGGGAAAUCGGAGAGAUUCCUCCAGAAAGAAUUAUUUCUUCCGGAGAAAACUACUCUCUGACAUCUACAACCCCGCUUCAUGAAGAAAUUACAACGACAACGCCGGAUAACGUUUCUUCCCUUAAUGUAACUGAGGAGGUGCCAAGCAGAAAUAAUCGUCGUCGUGGUUUUUGGAAGAGGGUUAAGAAAGUUCGUCCAGUUAAUGAAGAAAUUGAAGUAGCUGAAUCUCAAUACUACUCGAGCGCAGUAAAUCAACUGGGCCACCCAAUUCCUAAAAAGUUAAUAGAAAAACCAAGAAAAGAUGUAAAGGCAACAACGUAUAAGCCAAACUAUCAGUUUCUCAAAGAUUUUUUCGACAUAGACGAUGAUCAGAUUGAUGUUAUACCGAAUAUAGACAUACCUAAGUUAACAAAUAGCAAUAUAGAGACCAAUGCGGAAAUUUUAAAAGAUAAUUUACAAUCUAAUAUCAAAAAAGACAUAAAAAGUGAUAGCUCAGCAGAAUCAAUAAAUCCGGGAGACAUGGACUUAGGUACAGGUUCACCAAAUCCUACCUUAGAUGACAGUGCUUAUUACAGCGAUCCUACGGAGCCAUCGUCUAUUGCUACGGCUAGUAUUGAUCGAUCCGAUGGUUUCAGUUUUAUGGAUUAUUUAUUCGGAGAAACAUCUUCAGACAUAGAAUCUGUAAACAAUGAUACGACAAAAUCUAUCAAAGAAACUGCAAUGACGACAACGCCAAAGAUUAAAUAUGCCUCAACAGAAACUGAGACCACUAAAGUUAAAGCAACAACUGAAAGUACUUACAUCCCUGACGAAAUAACUGCUGAAAUAAUCAAUGACGGCAAUGAAGAGGUAACAGAAUCAGUUGCAAGCAUUGAAACUAGAACAACUAGUAAUUUAAAUUCAGAAGUAGUAACAGAAAAAUCUGUUGUAAAUAUUGAAACUUCAUCAAUGUCCAGCUUUAUGGAUCCAAAUAGUGUUGUCAGUACGUCUAUGUCUACAGAAAUAUCUCACGAAACUGAGAUUUGUUUCAGGGGCAAAUGUAUUAAAACCAACAAAAAUUUAUUAUAAAAUGAACUAAAGUGGUGCUAACAAUGUGUUCAAAAUCCUUAGUGUAACAAGUGACUAUUUAAUAGAACAAUUCCACUAGGUGUUAGCUUCUUUAACUAUCUUGAUAUUUCUUUAUAUUUAUUGUACUAUUUAUAACCCUGAAAUAGUGAAAUCAUGUAAAUAUAAUUAAAUGUCUCUUUACUUGAUUUCGCCUUUUCUCACAUUCAUUGUGAUCAUAAAGGUAAAUAGAUUUGUAUAAAGACUAAGAAAUAUAUAUAAGAGAAACUAAUGAUACUCUGUGAUAUGAAGAAAGUUGUACCUUGUUAUUUUUCUUUGUCUUUAUUACUAAACAAUUUAUUUUUGUGGUUAUCAUAUAUGUAGAUAAUAAAGUACCUUUAAGUUAAGUGGCCACAUAUUUUGAAAAUAUUAUAUUGUAAAACCCUAUAUGAAUUAAGAAUAGAAAUAGGUUUUUUACUUACUUUCUGUAAAAUAAACAUUUCGACUGAAAAUAUUUUUAAUCAAUAUUGUAAGACUUUUUUAUAUUCACAAUGUUUAUUACA